UCCAAGCGUGGAGUUCUUUAGCUUCCCUAGCCCUUCAUUUAGCCACGUUGCUUGAUAAGAAGUAGUCACGUGUAAUAGUUUAAACGACCCGUCUCUUCAUCCUGAGUUCGGCGUUUUAGUUCCCGUAUCAAAUUUGGUUGGCUGAAAAAAGGGGAAGAUGACUAUCAUUGAUACCAGCAAAGAUCUAUCCGCUCUUUUCUUCCAUCAGGUCAAGGCUACGCCCGAUGCCAUUGCCCUGGAAGAUGGGCCUACGGCAUUGACAUAUGCCGAGCUUGAUCGGAAGGUUGAGUUACUCGCUACUCGUCUUCGCCACGACGGAGUUGGUCGAGAUGCCCUUGUUGGCGUUCUACUCGGACGGAGUGCGGACUAUGUUAUCUCUUGCCUUGCCGCACUUCGAGCUGGUGGAGCUUUCCUAGUUCUUGAGCUAGCGUAUCCCCCAAGUCUCCUAGCCGACGUAAUUGAAGAUGCCAGACCUACUGUGGUGAUAACCCAUACAGCACACGCUGGCAAGAUCAAGUCUGAGACUCCUCUAAUCAUUCUAGACGAUAAGUCCGCGAAUACGGACGGUAUCGCUCUAUCGAAUGGUACAUCAAAGACGCUGCCAGAACUACCCUCUGAAGAUGACUUGGAAAAGCUUGCCUUCGUGUCUUACUCAUCUGGCACAACUGGAAAGCCGAAAGGCAUUUCAAAUCCUCACAGAGCAGCUGUCCUUUCAUACGACCUGCGAUUUGGCGUAAAUGAUCUAAAGCCGGGUGACCGCGUGGCCUGCAAUGUUUUCUUCGUCUGGGAAAUAUUGCGCCCGUUGCUACGGGGAGCAACAGUCGUUACUGUUCCGGAUGAGACCAGUUACGAUCCUGUUGCUCUUGUCGAGUUGCUUCGUUCGAAGAAUAUCACGGAAACCCUCAUGACACCAACGUUACUAGCAACAGUACUCGCUCGACAUUCACAACUUGGAUCACGCGUUCCAAAUUUGCGUACUGUGUGGCUGAAUGGUGAAGUCGUAACGACGGACCUGGCACGUCGUGGCCUGAGGGCGCUUCCAAACGCACGAUUACUGAAUUGCUAUAGCGCAAGUGAAACCCAUGAGAUCGCCUGUGGCGAUAUCAGGGAGAUGAUUAACGAUGAAGACCGGGUAGUUCCGGUUGGUCCCCCUUUGGACCUGGAGCAUACGUAUAUUCUCGAUGAAGAGGGUAAAAGGGUUGAGCCAGGUGUCAGCGGCGAAUUAUUCGUCGGAGGAAAUCUUCUGGCGCGUGGAUAUCUUAACCUGCCGGAGGCGACCGCAAAGGCGUUUAACGACGAUCCAUUUGAUUCGACUCCGGGAUCGCGAAUGUAUAGAACUGGAGACACAGCACGGAUACUUCCAUCAGGGCUUCUCGAAAUUACUGGCCGUGUAGGAGCGAUGAUCAAAAUCAGGGGUUAUAGCGUACAACCACCAGCCGUCGAGAACGCUAUCAUAAAACAUCUUGCGGUCCGCAACUGUGCCGUGGUUGCCUAUGGCGACGGUCUUGACCGUCAACUUCUCGCCUACAUCGUUCCAGACGACGAAGAAUCUACUGAUCGAAUGGCCGUGAAAAUCGACGAGGCAGGGUUUAGUCCGGUUGCGCGGCGUGCUCUAUCGGAACAUUUAGCUCAUUACAUGAUACCGGCCCUUUGGGUCGAAUUAGAAAGCCUACCUACUCACGAAGUAUCCGGAAAGGUCGACCUUAAGCGUCUACCUCCGCCAUCUAGGUCACGGAGCCCUAAAGCAUCACUGGGUCCUGGCCAAAAUGGUGAUCAUAACCAGAAGAUUACUAUCGAGGACAUCGCGAAGAUGUGGGCCUCAGCCCUUAAUAUCCCUUACAAGUCUGUGAUGGCACAGGAGCACGACUUUUUCGACUUGGGUGGCCAUUCCUUAGCGCUUGUUGACCUUGUGACGAAAUUGACAGGUGCUUAUGGUUUCCCGGUGCCUCUCGGUCGCCUUGCCGGAAACCCGACACUGAAGGGGCACCUGGAAGUCGUUUGCCAGGCGCGAGAUGGACAUACCGCAGCCGUCCAAGCCGACCUACCUGCUGUUCUACGUGCCGAUUCUAUCCUGCCACCGGAGAUAAAACCCUCAUUGGUCAAGAUGCGACGCCUCAGCGACGCAGACACAAUUUUACUGACUGGCACAACUGGAUUUUUGGGAGCUUUCUUGCUUAGCACUAUCCUAGAAAACACUUCUGCACAGAUCAUUUGCCUUGUCCGAUUUGCCGAUCUAGGGAAUGACAACUACGCUGCUGGACUUGCACGAAUUCGCAAGAAUCUCCUUGACCUAGGUCUUUGGAACGAUUCAAUUUUGGAUCGUAUCGAAGUUCUGCCGGCAAACCUAGCUCGGAAGCGGUUUGGUCUUUCCCCUGAAGGCUUCGAGGAGUUGGCUGCUCGCGUGCAGGUCAUUAUCCACUCUGCUGCUACUGUCAAUCUUGUUUACCCUUAUGCUGCUAUGCAAGGUGCCAAUGUAUUUGGUACGAGAGAAAUCUUGCGCCUGGCAAGUAAAGGUGGCGCGACAGUGCAUCAUAUCUCCACAAAUGGUGUGCUACCGCCUUCAGUUGAAGGGUGGUCCGAGGAUGCUAUGUUAGGCGUGGAUGAAGUGCCAGAAAAAUUGCUUGAUGGGUAUGGUCAAACAAAGUGGGUAGCAGAACAGCUUGUUCUUGAGGCUGCUAAACGUGGAUUGCCGGCGAGGAUAUACCGACCAGGAACUAUCAGCGGCCACAGCACGUCCGGUUCUACGAACACUUACGAUCUCCUAAAUGCGUUAAUUGUCGAGUCGCUUCAACUGGGGCAUGCGCCGGAUAUCGAAGGUUGGUACGCCGAAAUGACCCCGGCCGAUUUCGUCAGUAAAGCCAUCACUUCCCUUGCCGACGUCGUGGAUACCGACCAGCGUGUAUUCCAUUUGGGUGACCCGUCCCCAAUAACCACAAAAGAGGUCUUCGGAAUACUUGACCAACUCGGGUACCCGACGAAACCACUGGGAUGGGAAGAAUGGGUCCGUCUAUGGGAUGAACGCAGAGGGUCUAGCAAGGGGGAAAACAUCUUCACUGUCGACAUCCUUCGCCGCGGUAUGCCUACCGUCGACUUUUUGAAAUGGGUCACCGUCCUCAAGGAUCCUGCGACAGGACCAAUCCUUGCUAAGACUGGUCUCCAACGUCCUAAGAUCGAUAGCAAACUGCUCGAGACAUACACUCGCCAUUUCUGCGCUCGGGGCUGGCUACCGCGCCCACCGCGACGUAGCCACGUUAACGGAAUCUCGAAGCUCUCGAACCGAGGCCCGCUAGCCGGAAAAGUCGCAAUUGUUACUGGAGCGUCAUCAGGCAUCGGGGCUGCCGUUGCCGUCGCCUUAGCUAGAGAAGGCGCACACGUAGCAAUCGCCGCACGUCGUACAGAGGCACUCGAGACCCUCAAGAAUAAGAUCAUCAGUUCGGGAAGCAAAGUACUAGUCCACAAGACAGACGUCACGGACAAGAAACAAGUCGAAUCGUUGAUGCAGGCCGCAACACAAGAGUUGGGUCCAAUCGAUAUCCUCGUCUGCUGUGCGGGCGUCAUGUACUUUACUAUGAUGGCUAACGUGCACAUGGACGAGUGGGAGCGCACCGUCGACGUCAACUGCAAGGGCCUGAUGUACUGUCUCGGGGCGGCGGUUCCUGGUAUGUUGGCUCGCGGCUCCGGGCACGUCCUCGCCAUCUCAUCAGACGCGGGCCGCAAGGUAUUCCCCGGGCUCGGCAUCUACUCGGCUAGCAAAUUCUUCGUCGAAGCCACGCUUCAGAGCCUGCGCCUCGAGACCGCCGGCUCCGGGUUACGCGUCACGUCCGUCCAGCCGGGAAACACGGAUACGGAACUUCUGGGUAUGUCGACGGACACGGAGGCUAUCAAGAAAUACGGCGAGCCGUCCGGCGCUAAGGUCUUGAGUGCCGAGGAGGUCGCGGGCGCGAUCGUGUAUGCUGUGAAACAGCCGAGUCAUGUCGCCGUGAACGAGGUCUUGAUCGAGCCUAGGGAUGAGCCGAUCUAGUGACCUACCUACCUACCUACCUACCUACCUAGGUACGGAUUAAAGAGGCAGGAGAGAGAGAAUGGAUGAGGGAUAAUGCGCGAAUUCAAUGACGAAUGAAGUUGGUAUGACAAGAGAAAAGCAAAAGUUAGUCAGACGAGAAAGAGAUCAUCUUGUAACACUUCCUGUUACCGUUUCCUUAACGUCCUAUUUUCCUUGGUUGAGAGACGAUGUGGCUUUGGUGGAACGGAUAGUGUCUGGGCAUUU